UGCUUGCUGAAGGAAUGGGUCGUGCCUGAUGCUUUGCCAGACGCUACCUGUUCGUCUGCAAAUAUGAAUGCAAGGACCCAUCCUUUUGGUGAAAAGCUUGAGAUUUGCAGCUUUACUCAGUUCAAUCACAUUAGCAUGAUUCCCAGAUCAUCUAAAGCUGCGUCAGUGUGUCGGCAGCUGACCUGUCUCUGUUCCAAAGCGAGCUGGACUAGACCAUCAAUCAGCACAUCAGCUUUUUCGAGGAGCACGGUGGUGGGAAGUUCCUCUGCACCAGAGCUGCGAUGCUACUAUUCUGCAGUGGGAUCCUUCUUAAAGGCCCAAAGUAAGAAACAUCUCCUUGGGAAGGACCUGGCUGCCCAGGCUCGCGCCAGUAGCCAAUAUUCCACCAGUAUAUCUGGCCAAUCUCAGGACACAGAGCUGCCAGCAGGGCAGAAGGAUUACAACCGCAGGCUCAUCCUGGUGGAUGCGCAUGCGCUGCUGUACCGGUCCCACUUUGGCUUCAGCGGGCAGAGGCUGGCCACAGUGAGCGGCGAGGACACAUCCAUCAGCUACGGCUUCCUGUCCACAGUGCUGCGGCUGCUCGAGAUCAAGGAACCCCCCACGCACUUUGCUGUGGUCAUGGACCACCACGGGAAAACCUUCAGGCAUGAGCUGUACUCGGAUUACAAGGCGCAGCGGCCGCCCAUGCCUGACGCCAUGAAGCUGGCCAUCCCAAAGAUCCAGGCUCUGUUGGAGAUCCUGGGCAUCCCUGUCCUGCGAGUGGCUGGCGUGGAAGCUGAUGAUGUCAUCGGCACCGUUGCCACACGUGCCAUCGAGGACGGCUUCCUCGUGGCAAUAGCUUCCCCAGACAAGGACUUCUUUCAGUUGCUAAGACCGGGGCUGCAGCUGCUGCGCCCGCCCAAGAAGGAUGCGCGAGACGGGCCAGGCAUAAUCGCCGGCUUUGUGGCCUACAACUCUGACGCCUUCAGGGAAGAGUUCGGCGUUGAGCCAUGGCAGUGGCCGCAUGUACUGGGGCUGAUGGGAGACGCUUCGGAUAAUGUCCCUGGAGUCAAGGGGAUUGGUCCAAAAGGCGCGCUAACCCUCAUACAACAGUAUGGCACCAUUGAGGGCGUCCUUCAGAACGCGGCAGAGGUGAAGAGGAAGAGUCAGCGCGAGGAGUUGCAGAGUGUGGAGGGGAUACAAAAGGCAUCCCUCAGCCACAAGCUGGUCACAAUCCAGGCUGAUGUGGACCUGCCUCCUGUCAGGUCUGCCUUUUUCCCUUAUGUCCUGAACCAUUCUCCCCACUGUUCACUGCCAUUUGCCCGGCACUUGAAAGGCACAUCUCCUUUUCUUCAGGCUUAUUGA